AAAACUCUAUGGACGCCUAAGCACAGACUUGUUCCUAUUUGGAAUGAAUUUUGUGCACAAUUUAUAAAAGACACAGACUCUACAAUUAAAAUAUUGAUGGCUGGUCCCGUAUUAAAUGUGGGGAUAGGUCUUUUCGUACUCGCUUUUGUUUGGGUAAUAGAAUUAGCAGCAUGCAUAGCACUGUCAAGGUCUCCUACCAAGUUAGCGAAUAUGGCACCUGUUUCAAUAUUGAUUGCUAUAAUCAUUUCUAUCAUUCUAAUAUUCAUACCAAGAGAAAGUCAGUAUCCUUCUCUAGAGGAACAGUCAGUGAUCUAUGAUUACAGUAUUGUGUAUCGAUCCAGUUUGAUUGCUGUGAUGGCGCUGUUUGUUGUGUUAGGACUUGUUUUUUAUUUCAUUCAGCAUGCCUUACACCCAGUGCAGGCUAAGCCUCUCAGAAAGUUUCUUAGGUAGUGUCUGACUGAAGCAAGACACCAAGUGGCUUAAACAAGACACCAAGUGGCUAAAACAAAACAUAAAAUAACUGAAAACAAGACUUUAAAUAACUGAAGACAUGAAGCUUUUGUUCUCUAAUGCACCGCUUAUUGUCUAAUGUUGGAUAUUUUAAAAACAUUUGUGUUGC